AUGUGCAUACCUCACCAUUUUCUCGGCGAUCAUGCCUCAAACCAAAAACUUUUUUUAUUUGAUUGCAACAUCCACGCUUUAUACACGCCUCUCCACUUCGCUGCAUUGACUGGCAAUGUGUUCGCCGCUCAGCGCAUCAUCAAUCAUCAUGAUCUAACUAGAGUCGCCUUACUUAUUCUCGGUUUAUCCGACAUCCCGACUGUCGACGAUGGGGCAGUGGCUACGACCAAUGUGCCUGGUGAGCCAGCUAGAUGGCCGUGUGAGGCCUUGGAGGUUGGAUCUAGCACAGGUGGGGACUCAGUUCCUAGGAUGACGAGCGUGCAGGCAGUUCAUCCGGCUCCGCCACUCUUUUUGGCUGCUCAAAAAGGACACACUAAGCUCUUUGAGCUUCUGCUGCACACUUGCAUAAAGGCCAGGCGUGUUUGCUUGAUGUCGGCCAAGCGCGUGCAUGAUAACGCGGGCUCAACCACUACUGUCUCUGCUUCACCUUCCACCACUCUAUAUUCAUCCUCAACAGUUGCAGUAUCAGCGACACAUACUUCUAAUGUGGCUUCCUCCUCUACUCCACAGCCACAUCGGCUCUUUCAAGUGCAUCUUCCUUCCCAGCUCCCACUGCCAGGUUGGAUGACUGAUUCUCUCGGCCGAACGUCUCUUCAUCUUGCUGCCCAAGCUGGUAGAUUAGAUAUUUGCCGUCUCCUCCUGCAGAUGCCCUCUACUUCCUGUUCCUCGUCUAAGUCAUCUAAUCUUAAUGUAACUGCUGCCAGCCCAAGACACGAUGUCCUUAAUAUUUUGGAACCUAUGUUCGGGAGACGGAAAGAAAUCGAGAGUUGCUUACAACACUUGCGGCCAUUGGAGGUUUUAAUUAACAGCCGAGACGAGGAAGAGGAUGAAGACGAAAAAGAUUAUAAGGAACAAAUUGACAACUUGGGGACACCCAUCGUGAAGUGGAGGCGAUGGAAUAGAAAGGGUGUUGACGAGGAUGGAAUAGAUGCUGGAGCGGAAGAGCAUAAUGAGGCAAAUGUCUAUGAUGAUAAUGAGAAUAUAGAGCUUGAUGAGGCUUAUGGGAAUAAUGAAACGGAAGAAGAGGAAGUAGAAGUUGCCGAGCCGAAUUUAGAAAAAAAUGGCGAGCUGGAAACUUCUUUCAAUGAAAUUGGGAGUGGAGCAAACUUAAGUGCAUGCGACGCUGUUUACCGUUGGACCCCAUUACAUCAUGCCGCCGCUCAGGUAGGCCUUCAUUUUUUGUCUAUCGAUAAACCGUAUUCACAAAUUUGCCAUUCCUCAUUUGAGAUCCUCCAGUCUUGCUUAAUUUUUUUUAUAUACUCUCUAUUUUUUUCAUUAUUGGCCUCACUUUAA